AUGCAAUAAGAGGCUCCAGAAGUGCAAACUAUUUUUGAAGAAUUGCUCAAACCAGUAUUGGAGAGAAUUGAAGUUUUGAAAGAAAAAGAUCAAUCAAAUGAGUUAUAGAUCAAAAAUCUAUUUGACCAAAUGAGUGAAUUGAAAACUUUAAUAGGAAACCUAAAACCAAUAAAAGAAGAAGAAAAGAGUAAUAUUAAAUAGUAUGUAAUAGAAAUUGUCAAAUAAGAGCCAAAAAAGGAAAAUCACUAAAAUAAUGAUGUUAAAAAGGUUGAACGUCCAUCUACUGCUGCAAAUUCUAAAAACCCAGCACCCGCAAAAGUAAAAGAUCCCAAGCCUGUAACUGCCCCUAAACCUUUAAGUCAAAGUACAAUUGUUGAAAAGACAACAACACCUGUUGAUAUCGAAAAAAACUAACCCAAAUCUCCAAAGGAAGGAAACCAAAAUAAAACUAAAUAAUAAUAGUAACCAUAACAACAACCACCAUAACCUAAACCAAAACCUGUAGUUUAACCAUAAUAAAAAUAAUAAUAGAUCAAAGAAACUAAAGAAACAAAGGAAACUAAAGAAUAAGCAGUCAAAUAGCCACCUUAAUAAAAAGAAGAAAAAAAGGUUGAAAAAUAACCACCCAAACCAAAAACUGCUUAACCAGCGCAACCUGUUUAACCAGAAAAAAAAGAAGAUAAAAAAGAUACCAAAAAAACAGACAAUAAAGCUUCACAUAAAUAGAAUGUAAAACAACCUGAAUAGAAAGCAACAGAUAAAAAGUCUGAUGAUAAAAAGAUUGUGAAAAAAGGAAAGCAAACUGAGGAUACUUAAAAUAAAACUGAAUAAUAAUAAACAGAUGAAUAAUUUUAACAAUAAUAAUAAAAUCUAGUUAAGACUUAGAAUAAUAGUGAAUAGAAAUAAUAAGAUGAAUAACCAUAGUAAUAAUAAGUUGAAAAAAAAGAAUUCAUUGAAACAUAAACUGAAGCUCCUGAACCUUAGAAUAUUGAUGAACCAAAGGAGUCAUCAGAAUAAUAAUAGCAAAAUUAGGAUUAAUUCGUUGAGAAUCAACAAAUCUAAGAAGUUAAUAACAUUUAGCCAGAACAAAUUGAAAAUCAAGAAUAAGAAGUAGCUUGAUGUUAUAUGAAUAUGCAUUAAAUUUUAACAAUUGGUAAAUAUGCAAAA